AUGUUCGAGCAGCAGCAGCAGCAGCAGCAGCAGCAGCAGCAGCGGCGGCGGCGGCGGCAGCAGCAGCAGCAGCGGGAGCGUCACAUGCGGCAAUCAUCGCGCGCCGGCAAGACCUAUACCAUGACCGGCGACCGCUCCUCCUUCCAGCAGCGCGGCCUCAUACCCCGCACCAUAUCAGAGCUGAUCACGCAGCUGAGGGCCGACCCCGGGCUCGCGUCGUGGCAGCUGCGCGUCAGCUACCUGGAGAUCUACAACGAGGCAAUCUUUGAUCUGCUGGACAUCACCACGCAGCCCCACGAGAUCACGCUGCACGAGGACGGCCGGGGACGCCUGGCGGUGGCGGGCCUGCGGGCGGCGGACGUGCGCAGCGAGCAGGAGGCGCUGGCGCUGUUUUUUGAGGGCGAGGCGAACCGCGUGAUUGGCGAGCACCAGCUCAACCGCGAGAGCAGCCGGUCACACUGCGUCUUCACGCUGGCGCUGGCACUGGAACGUGAGGGCGCCAGCGACGGCGGCGGCGGCGGCGGCGGCGGCGGGCGGGGCACUGUGAGCAGCAAAAUCAGCUUGGUCGACCUUGCCGGCAGCGAGCGCGUGAGCAAGACGCGGAGCGAGGGGCUGGUCUUGAAGGAGGCGGGGCACAUCAACAAGAGCCUCCACAUCCUGGAGCAGGUGGUCCUGGCCGCCAGCGAGCGCGGGCGCGACCACGUGCCUUACCGCUCCUGCAAGCUGACGCACGUUCUCAAGGACUCCAUCGUCGGCAACUGCUGCGCGGUGCUGGUGGCCAACGUGUGGGGGGACGCGUCACAGCUGGAGGAGACGCUGUCGACUUGCAGGAGUCGAAGGAACUAUGAGAAGGGCGCGGAGGGCGCGGUGGUCCAGGCGCCCAAGGCCCCACUUUGA